AUGUCAUCUGUGAUCGUGGAAUCGUGGUUAUGUUCGGUGAAACCAAGGAUGACAGAUCGUCUACAAGAAAGCAAAGAGGUCCUUCGUUCGCUUCUCGAACAUCUAACACAAAGCCGUAGUCGACUAUGGAUAGCAUGGAACGUCGGUAUGUCAAAACUCCUGAGUAGAACCCUAGAAUACAGUCAGCAACCACCCGAAGUCGAAGCUACACUCGAACUCCAGUGGAAGGCCUUGGCAGCAAAGUCAAGACAAUCUUGGGUCACUCCAAUCCUUGACGCAGAGCCGCACGACGUGGAUGAAGCCGCAGAGUUGGAGAUGCCAGGUGAUGAGGAUCUCGAAUUUGAGUGGUGGUUAGACGAGAUGAACGAAGAUGAUGAUGAAGGGAUUGAAUGA